AUGGAAGAAGUUCAACACCACCAGGCUAUCCAGCCAUCCUUUUUCCCUACGAACAAGGCGCUUGCAGAUUCGACCGAAACAUCAUCUAGUGAAGGUACACCAAAGCUAGCAAAUGAGGGAGGAUCGUUCGGGCAGGACAGUGGGUACAACUCGUACCAAGCAAACACAGCGUACAGCACGUUCAAUCUGUCCUCACGUCAUGGAACCUCCGUAACUUAUGCUACGAUCGACGAAGGCAACGAGAAUGACUGCAGCUUGAAUGAUAGCAGCGCCGAUGGACCGGGGAGUGAGAUCAACCUUACGCCGAAGACGGCCGCCAGUAUGGUUAAAUUGUCGAACAUUCAUCUGACGACUCCAAAAGCUGCGAACCGAUCGAAACCCACCCGCCGUCCAAACGCGUUCGAUUACGAUGGAUCUGCCGGCACGACUGACGUAGACAAUCUAUCGUUAUUUCUUGCACUUUCGACACCGGAACGAUUACCUAGCCGUCCAUCGAAUGUUUUAUCGCAGGAUACACCACUGCGCACUGGCAACCGUUCCGCAAACCAACCGAUCCAGUUAACGCCUCACAAAGCCAAAGGAAGCUCGCAGUCACUGAAGCGUAAACAUUCGUCAUUUCGCGGGAAGCUCUACUCUGACGGAGAUGUACCGCUUGGUGACGAAAAUCGGCCCGGCGGUCUGAACGAUUCUUUCGAUGUGGAUUGUCGUCGGCUGGAGGACAUUUCACCAAUUCUAAAUAACAAGCGCCGCAAGCACCAUGACCGUGGUAUCGAAGAUUUGAUGCGUUCCAGCACGCCAAAAACGGUCAGCUCGCAGCCAACCUUUCUACAGCUAGAUGCGACUGAAAUACGCCCCGACGUUAAGAAAACGCUGCGGAAGUUUCAAAGCUUUAGCCCAAGUAAAGUUCAGUCAUAUGCAGGUCCAUUUUUGCGUCUGAGGCAACCAUUCCAUGGCUUAGAACGUACACCGGAAAAGAAGAAAGAGCUCCGAGUGUUGACAGAAAUCGAUUUUCAACCGUCGGAGAAAAGCACAGUUCCACCGCUUAAUUUGGAUGCACUGCUUGAAGCACCGAUUCUAGACGAUCCGACGAAGCAGCUCGAACAAACGGUCUCCACCGUACCUUCGUUUGAUGACUUCAGCUUAACCCCAUCCAAAGCGAGUCCCACCGAUCCAGAGGUGGGGCCUAGAUCUGGCAUUGAUGGUUCCUUUGGGGCUGAAGAUUACGUGUUGCGACAUGCACCGAGUUACUUGUACGCUCCUACACUUAACUCUAUCCGGGAAGAAUCACCCGUCAGGGCACAAUUUAUACCUGAGAAACACCCGGUCCCGAAGACACCUCCAUCGGUUUCUAAAUCAGGUCGAAAACUUAAACGGCUCGGCACAAACGAAACCGUUUCGUCCUUUUCUUGUGGUCCCAGUCCCGCUCGAAGUGUACGCUCUCUUACGCGUCAGAGUGUUCGUGCAUCCGUAUCUCCGAAGGCUCACCGUUUCCAGGGAGUCCAGAACAGAGGUCUAAAGACCAUCAAGACGUUUAACUACUGCGGUUUCGAGUACGUGAACAUUCUGAAACAAUUAUGGAAGCGGAACUCAGACGCACUGGAAAUGGUGCUCGAUUACCUGGAUGAUACGGAUCUAGUACGGGUGGUGCGUGUGUCCCACAGGUGGAGAUUCAUUAUCAAAAACCAUAAGAAGAGUUGGCAUCGCCUAAAGCAGCACCUGAAGCAGCAGCAGCAAAACAAAGAAAACAGUUGCAUCUGUCACAAGAAUGGAGAGUUGAAUCAGUCGGAGAUUAAGGAACCCUCUGAACCUAAUGAAAAGAACGAUGGUGAUAGCGAAGUAACUAAACGGAUGCCGUUUGAUAUACUAAAUGUUCGAUCAUCUGGAAAUGUUUCCAGUUCUCAACUGAGCCACCGUUGUUCAUCCAAUGCUACGGACGAUUCGAGUAUUGUCAACGUUACUCAUUCACCACCUGUUAGCCCAUCGAUGCGGAAAUUCGUAAUCAAUCAAAAGAUUGCGUCUCAUUUAAAACAAUCGGAACAGUUGCGACCAUGUCCCCGUUGCGGAUAUCCAAGCAGAAUCAUCUUCUCACGCGCUUCUCAAUCUGCCCGGAACAAAUCCACUUCAUCUGAUCAUGUUCAUUCCACCGCGGAGACCACUGGAACCCUUGCCGGUGAAGCUCACAAUAAUAAUGAAUACUCCGAAAAAUCUCCAGAUUGUGUACGGAAGAAUCUGUUCAACAGCAGCACUCCCAGCGUAGCCGAUAUGUCUUUCAACCACUCGCCCUGGCAGUUGAACUCGUCCGAAUCGAAUCGUUUCGGCAAACCGCACAUGAAGUUGCGCAGUGCAGCGACGAAAAGCUUGGACUAUCCAUCGGUUACUUUCGGCAGUGAGAAUCAUCGGCCCAACACCCGUGACUCCAAAUGCGAUUAUGCGGUCUGCAGCGGGAAGUUCUGUGGGUUCAAGUACUGCAUCAAGUGUUUAAGUGAGUAUCAUCCGAACACAGCAUGUGCGGAUCUUUCCGUUAACUCACCCACCAAAGAAGAGGAGCGCGGUCUGGCAAAUGUGGCCUGCACUCGGCAGAGUCGUCGUUCGUUGCUGCGUCUGUGCAGAAAGUAG